AUGGACUCCAAAGCGGCGUCAGCACAAGGGAAUCCGGCGCUGGCGAACAAGCUGGAGGCGGAGCGCAAGCUCAAGGAGGGGAUUUCCGGGCACAAAACAGGCCUGCCCAAGAAGCUGCUGGAGCUCUUUGAGCCACUGCCGCCCCCCGCCCGCCUCACUGACAUCCCCAAGCGCCCGCCAAAGCUGCCCUACCUUGGCAUCGCUCAGCAUGUGGCCCUCUUUGCGGAGCCCGGGGACGAAGAGUAUGAGCCGCCGCCGGAGGUGCCCCGGCCGCCGUCGCCGCGCCGGUUCCGCAACCCGGAGAUGACAGCACAGGCCAGAGUGGACUAUGAAACAAAGGCAGAGAAGAAGACCAGAGUGUCGACUCAGAAGAUAGCAGGAGCAAAGGAGAGCAUAGAGGAGGGCCUGAAGAUCUGGGACCCAGCAAAGGACCCUUUGGCGGAGGGGGACCCUUUCAAAACUCUCUUUGUGGCACGAGUCAGCUAUGAUGCAACAGAGAAGAAGUUGAAACGGGAGUUUGAGGAGUACGGCCCAGUCAAGCGCGUGCGCUUGGUCACACAGAAGGACUCAGGGAAGCCGCGUGGCUAUGCAUUCGUAGAGUUUGAGCACAAAAACGAUAUGAAGACAGCGUACAAGAUGGCUGACGGCCGCAAAAUUGAGGGCCGGCGGGUUGUGGUGGAUGUGGAGAGGGGCCGAACUGUACCCAACUGGCGGCCCCGGAGGCUGGGUGGUGGCAAGGGUGGGGAGAGCCGGGAGCCCAAGGCACCCAAGGACCCCUCAAAGAGGGGGCUCCCCGCCGCAUUGCCCAGCAUCGCUGCGCUGCCGCCGCCACCUUCCGCCGACAGAGACCGCGACAGGGAGCGGGACCGCGAGCGCGAGAAGGAGCGAGAAAAGGAGCGGGAGAAGGAGAAGGAUAGGGAGAGGGAACGCGCAAAGGAGCGCGGCCCGGAGAGGAGCAGAGAGCGCGAUCGCGAACGCGAGCGCGAUGUGGUGGGCACGCCGCGCGAGAAAGAGCGCGAGAGAGACCGCACCAGGGAUGCCAGGCCAGAGAAGGAGCGCGAGGGCCGGGACAGGGACAGGAAGCGUGAGAGGGAGGAGGGCGAGCGCGAAAGGGACCACGACAGAAAGCGCGAGCGCCGAGAUGAGAACGGCGGCGACCGCAGGCAUGACAAGGUGAAGGAGGAGAGAGAGGAGGGGGAGCACAGGAGCUCCAGGCGCAAGGAUCCGGAGAAGCGCGAGGACGGCGAGAGGAAGCGCGACCACGAUGACAAGGACCGCCACCGUGAUCGUGAUGACAGCAUUGGGCUCGUGCAGAAGACAGCGCAGCGCUGA